AUGCUUUCUCGUCUCCUCCCCAAACUCCAUUUCCGUCUUCUACCCCUCCUGUCCUCAAAAUCCCAACCAUAUCCCUUCCCUCAGCACCCUCCCAUUUCCCUCCCCCGUUUCCUCUCAACCAAUCAAAACAAUAACAAUGAUAAUAAAAAAGAUCAACCGUUUUCCGAUCCAUGGAAAUUUUCCCCAGAAAAUGACGGGAAAUUCGACAGUCUCUUCUCCGAUAAGUCCGGAACCCUCGCCGGAUUCUCCGGCUUCACCGAGUCUCCUACGGCCGCAGGUGAGGAAGACGGUGGUGCUGGAAAGAAGAGUGGAGAGGAUUGGUUGGUUGGAGAAGAUAAAGCGUGGAGCUUUGGAGAGGAAGAGAAAGGUGAUGGCGGUGUUUGAUUUAAAAGGUUGACGGAUUUUGGAACCGGAGGUGAAACUAGUGUUGCCAAGAGUGAUGAUAGUGUUGAGGAGCAGAAGAAUUUUGAAGAAGAAGAGAAGCAGCUCACUGCCGUACUCAAAGGUCCGAAUCGUGCAUUUGGUGACCUUAUUGCAGCAUCCGGUAUCACAGAUGCGAUGCUUGACAGUUUGAUUGCUCUGAAGGACUUUGAAGGGGUUGAGGGAUUGCCACCUUUAAACGUUUUAGAAGAUAUGCGAUAUGAAAAGAAUACAAGGAAAUCCAUGAGAGCUGAAAUAGAACUCCAGAAGAUGGAGGAAAUUGCCAAAGCAAGAGUAAGACAAGUAGACGAUAAGGGAAGGGCUUAUGGUACUGGGAGAAGAAAAUGUAGUGUAGCUCGUGUUUGGGUUCAACCUGGUGAUGGGAAAUUUAUUAUCAAUGACAAACAAUUUGAUGUCUACUUCCCAAUGCUUGAUCAUCGUGCUGCUCUUCUUCGGCCAUUCUCUGAAACAAAGACCUUAGGCCUUUGGGACAUUAACUGCACUGUUAAAGGAGGUGGUGUUACAGGCCAAGUGGGAGCAAUUCAGUUGGGAAUCAGUAGGGCAUUGCAAAAUUUUGAGCCAGAGCUACGUCCUCCACUCCGAGCAGCCGGUUUCUUGACAAGGGAUCCACGUGUGGUGGAAAGGAAAAAACCAGGGAAGGCAAAAGCAAGGAAGAGCUUCCAAUGGGUCAAGCGUUGAUCAGCUGUUGUGUGCCUGCUUUUCUGUGCUAGUAAUUUCUCAGGGACCUUUUUAGGCUUAUUGUAUUUUUGAUGAGAAGGGAAUUUUAAUUUUGCCAUACUGCAGUAAUUUCUUUCAUUCAUAAGGUUUGGUGUUUGCAUUGUAACGUAGCUUGUAAUCUAGUUCUCCCAACUUCAGUAGGAGCAGAGUUAGGAAGAUUUUACUUGACCAUGAAAUAUGUUUGAGAUAUUGGCCCUUUCUAUUUUUUUUGGGGAAAGAAGGAAAAAUCUGUUGACA